AUGGAAGAAAAUAAAAGGAAAACUAAACCUAUAUUUUCAUUUUUUCGAAAACAAUCGAAAGAAAAUGAGGACGAAUCCAUAGGAAAAACACUUAAUGAAGGAGAAGAAAGUACGAAAUCGGCACUAACUGAAGUUACAGAAGAUAUAGAAUUAGUUCAAAAUGAAACGAGUUCCCUUAAAAUUAGUGAUCAAUCGCCUUUGAGUAUGAAUGCUUAUGAUAUUGGCUUAUGUCUUAAUAAGCAACUUGAUGACGAAAACAAAUUAUUGUUCUUAAAAAAUACAUGGACACCAAUGCAUGGACUUAUUUUUCCAACUGUCAAACAAGGAAAUCAGAAUAGAUGUUUUCAAAGAGAAUGGUUGAAAAUGUUCAAGUGGCUGGCUUGUCCAUUGAAAGCUUUUGUCACUGAACCAUUCUUAAAUUUUAAAAAAGGCAUCGAGCUAUUGAAAAAUCAUGAUUUGACAAACUACCAUAAACUUUGUGCUGAAAAAGGAUCUUCAUUUAUUCAAAAUUCUAAUGCAGGUGGAUCAAAGUUUAUAAAUAACAUUGUUAGUGAUAAAACUAAAUCGAUAAUAGAAGCUAAUAGAAAACGUUUAACUUCAAUUAUAAAAACUAUAAUAUUUUGUGGUCAUAACAAUAUAUCUCUCAGAGGGCACAGAGACGAUGGGAUACUUGACUAUGAAUCAGCAAUAACAGGAAAAGAAGGAAUUUUUAGAAGUCUUUUAUCAUUUCGCUUAGACUCUGGUGAUAACAUUUUGAAGGACCAUUUUAAAUUGUAUGGUAAAAAUUCAACCAUGAUCAGCAAAACAAUACAAAAUGAAAUAAUAAAUGUAUUGCAUCAAGUAAUUACUGAGAAAUAA